GGCUUAAGAGUUAACCACAUGGAGAGAUUGGAAUGAAAUAUGUUAAAAAAGUGUGCUCAAAAUAAGAAUUAUGCGAGCGGAACAGGCGGAGGACCACCGAAAGUACUUCAGUUAACAGAACUGGGAGAAAAAUUAUUAGAGAUUAUAAGUCCUGAAACUACUAGUUUGGAUAAUAUAUCUGAAGGAAGAAAUUUUAAUAGAACUACAGGAUCUGUAAAUGAUACGAUCCCAAAAAGAAAAUCCUUUCAUAUGUCUGAAGGAUUCAUACAAAAUAUGGUUUUAAUAAUUUUUAUAUAGACAUUGACAAGAUGGUAAUCUGUGCAGCAGUUGGUUGUAAAAAUUCAUCUAACAAAGGUGUUAAAAUGAAUUGUUUUCCAAAAGAUACUUGUCGCCGAAACGUAUGGUUAAGAAAUGCCAAACUGGAAAAUAAAAUAUUAAACAGCUCUGCAGCAUUAUGUGAGUUUCAUUUUACCUCAAAUAUGUGGGAAAAGAUACGAAUCGAUGGAACAAAAAAACUUAAAUGUACAGCAGUUCCAACUAUAUUUGGAGAAUUAGUAACUCAACAAAAGAAUAAAAAAGUUAAAAUUAAUCAAAAUACUGUUAAUUUAAAUGGAAUUAAACAGUCUCAGAUAAUAAUAUCUACAACAGAUUAUGAUGGUACUGUUACAAUAUCUAUAAAGGAUCCAAAAAAAGAACAAUGUCAAUCAGAAAAUCUAUCUGAUAUUGAAGAAGAAGCAGUAACUCAACAAAUAAGCAAAAAAACUAUCAAAGAAGAAACAGCAGAAUUAUGUAGUAAUGGAAACAUUAUACAAAACAACACAUUGGUUUCAAAACAGGAACGCAGUUUGAAUAGACAAAAUUUAUCAUAUAUAGAAAAAAUCAAGAAAUUAGAAAAGCUGCUUCACAAGUCAGAAUCGCUACGAAUGAGUAUGAAAAAGAGACAUAAACGUUUGCAAAAUCAAUAUAAAAACAGAAUUAAGGAAUUAGAAAAAAAAAGUAUCAUAGAUGUUUGAAAAUACAUCACUUGGGAAUUAAAAUCCUUUUACAAAAUGUUUACGGACAUAACUUUUUUGGAUGAUGGUAAUGAAUCCAAUUGUUACUUUUAUUCAAA